AUGGCGACCGGCUUGGAGACGGCGGAGGCUCAGGAGCCGGAACAGCCGGAACAGGCGGACUCACAGGACGGACCCCCGCCGCCGCUGAAACACGAGCUUCAACAUCGAUGGUGUUUGUGGCUGCAUCAGCAAGGGGAGAAGGCCCACCAGUCGGGUCAGGCGUGGAACGAAAGCCAGCGGUCGGUUCACUCCUUCAAGACGGCGGAGGACUUCUGGUGCAUGUACCACCAUGCCUACCCACCUUCGAAAAUGGAGCAUGUGGAUUACUCGCUUUUCAAGGAGGGCAUCACACCAGCGUGGGAGGAUGCCGCUCUGAAGAAUGGGGGGCGUUGGGUCAUGAAGCUCGAGAAGGUGAGGGCGCAAACGUUGGAUGAUUUGUGGUUGUCCGUCGAGUUGGCCCUCAUCGGCGAGGCCUUCCUGCCCAAAGGCGGCGAGGUCGUCGCAGGGGCCGUGGUCUCCAUACGGAGCCGCAUCAGCAAGAUCGCUCUCUGGCUAACACAAGCCAAGGACGAGAAGAAGGUGAUGGCUUUGGGUCGCUUCUACAGAGAAGUCUUGGCCGGGACACCCGGUUGUCAGGACUACAUCAACAGGGAGCUGACCUUUGAGGACUUCAAGAAGGGAGGAGUGACCUUCCUCAUCAACAAAUCGAACUCCCAAAGCGAUCAGCAGACUGCUGGAAUCUUUCAGUGA